AUACUGCUGACCACUGGUUAUGUAACCUAGAUAAAUCUGUUCCUCCUCCACGUUUGUAUUUUUCAUUUAGCAGUUUAGAGCGAUUUCCUUUAGUCAGAGAUGCGUAUUUCAUUAGAUUGGUCUUGUUUAUGAUGACAACGGGGCGACUGUGGCCUGUGUGCUUCCGUGGCGCCGUGGUCGCUUCCUGUUGUGGGGUUUCUCUCGCUUUUUGUCGAGAGGAUGAGGGUCAGAGUUUUAUCAAAACAAAUUCUCGUUUGAAUUCGAGUGGUCUAGUGCGCUGCGGCAGAGCCGUGUGGACGGUCGUUAAGAUUAGCUUUGACUACAAGACCACUCUGAUGGGCUUAGACAGGAACUCAGAGAAAUACUCCAGACUCAUGUCAGAGGUUCACCUACGGUCGGCAGUCAAGCUGAGGGACCUUUGUGCUAUUAAUGGAGGCGUGUAUAUCAAAGGCGCUCAGUAUAUUAGUGCUCUUGACUAUCUCCUGCCAAUGGAGUAUGUGGAGACAAUGAAAGUCUUUCACAACGAAGCCCCACAAAGUACAAUUGCUGACAUAUAUAGAACAUUGGAAGAGGAUCUAGGGGUGUCACCAGAUGAAGUUUUCUCAAGAUUUGAUGUGGUUCCCAUUGGAUGUGCAUCGCUGGCGCAAGUGCACAAGGCCAUGUUGCAUGAUGGGAGAACUGUUGCCAUAAAAGUACAGCACCGAGAUGUACAAGAACAUGUGACAGUUGAUAUUUACACUAUAGAGCUUUUAUCAAAAGCUGUUGCCUGGGCAUUUCCUGAGUUCAAGUUUACAUGGCUUGUUGAUGAAACCAAAAGAAACCUUCCCCUAGAGCUGGACUUUACACACGAGGGAAAGAAUGCUGAAAAAGUAGCCAAGAUUUUCAACAGCUGUACAUUUUUGAAGGUGCCUGAGGUUCUGUGGAAAUGGACAUCACGCCGAGUGCUUGUCAUGGAGUUUUGCGAGGGAGGGAAAGUGGAUGAUAUAGAGUUCAUGCAAGACCAUGAGAUUAUGUCUGAUGAGGUAUCCCGCAAGCUUGGGGAGUUGUACAGUGAGAUGAUAUUCGUGACAGGUUACGUACACUGUGACCCGCACCCUGGCAAUGUUCUGGUCAGGAAGGACUGUAAUGGGAGUGUGGAGAUCGUGUUGCUUGACCAUGGAUUGUACAAUCAACUGACUGACGAGUUCCGUGUCCAAUACUGCAAGCUGUGGCAGAGCCUCAUUGCGUCAGACGUAGAAGGGAUUAAGAAGUACAGCACGGAGCUCGGCGUGGGGGACUUGUACGGUCUGUUUGCGUGCAUGCUGACAGCGAGGUCUUGGAAUAUAAUCACUUCAGACGGCAUAGACAAUGGACCCGUGACCGAUCAAGAGGCGGAGGAGAUUCGUAGCGGUGUGGCGGAGUACCUGACCCACAUAGCGGACCUGCUGGACCGUGUCCCGCGCCAGCUUCUUCUAAUCCUCAAGACGAACGAUCUUCUGCGCAGCAUAGACCGCCAGCUGCAUACGAGUGCGGCUGCGCAGAGCUUUCUCACCAUGUCUCGGUGCUGUAUACGUGCCGUUACUAAGCAACGCCUGCAAGACUGCGAUAGCUGGCACUGCAGGCUCAAGGCUAGAUUAGACUCUGUGAUUGGUCACUUGAGAGUCACGUGUUAUCAGAUUUACGUGUCGAAUGUUGGGAGGACGUUUAGGUAUUUACUCGCGCUUAUCAGGGUUUCUGGGUGGAGUUGACACGUGCGGCUUUUAGAAUCCUUCAUUCUUAAGAUUCUCUUUGUUAGAAUCCAUUUUGUUGGAAUCCUUCAUUCUUAAAAUAGUUUUUCUUACAACCCAUUACUCUUAGAAUCUUUAAUUUUAGAAUCCUUCGAUCAUUCUAAGAAACCAUUACUCUUAGAAAUCUUAUUCUUAGAAUUAUUUUGUUCUUAGAAUCCUUUUUCAAAGACUUAUAGCAGCUUUCUUUCAAAAUUAUCAAAAUUAUUGCUAUAUUUUUUAAAUAAUCCAAUUACAAAAGCAUUAAGUUUGAACACUGAAAACAGAAAACAUGUAUUGUUAAGAGGUUAUUAUCAUAAUCUAUUUUAUUCGAAUAAGUAUUUUUAUAACUAUAUAUAAUAUACUCAGAGCGCCGGGAUUAGGGCAAAAAGCUCCAUAUUUUAUUUUAUCUUACGGCGUUCAAAAAAAAAUUAAACUUUAUUUCUAGCAGCUUAGUUGAAGACGCCCUUAUCGGGUCUCCUGUGCAUGGGGAGGGUGAGAGUGUCUCCUGUCUCCACUUCAAUACCCAUCAGAAGAAACCCAAUAAGAACGUCUGUGACAAGCUGUAGGAAGCCAGUUCUCGGCUUCUGUACUUUUAAAGUUUCCUUUUCUGUACUUUAAGCAUAGCGCUUACCACGAGCAGCUAAAAGAUUUCAAAAACUUCGUUUGUAUUUAUUGUAUUUGUGAGCUAUUUAUAUUUUGGGAUUCCGACAUCCGUCAAAGUGAAGCAUGUGACGUUUGCAAAAUAAAAUAUAAGUGUUUAAUUUUUUUGGCAAUAAACAUUUUUUUUCAGAUGAAAUCCUCCCCUAUGCUAUUCAAUCUUGAUUGGCUAAGAGAGAAAAAAUGCUAUCAGCUUCCGUAAAUACUGUGAAUGUUUUCGCACGCGUAAAUGCUUCUCGCGUGUCCAGAAGUUUAAUAUUGUGCAACAAACAGGUAGUAGUUAACGUGGAGCGAAAACUUCAGGACAGACUACAUAUUGACUAUGCCAUACAAAAACACCCUGUAUUUUACAGUAAUGUUUUAUUAUUAGUGGUAGUAUAGCUGAUGAUACACUCGCCUAGAGAAAAGUCAGGCCUACUUUUGUUCACCGUAUACAUACCGUAUUUCAAUAAAAGGUUGCACUCGAGAA